AAGUUGAAACUAAUUCUCAAAAGAUAAACCUACUGCAGUAGAAAUAGCCCAAGCUUUCCUCUUCCUUUUCCUUUACCGUCCACAAACCAUGUGCCGCUGUUUGAUGAACCGUAAAAGCAUGCAAGCUCCAUCGCUAAGCACGAGAACGAAGGCAAUCGCCUGUCCUUGUCUUGGUCGGUCCAAGGCAGCCCCUAUCAAGAAAGCAAACCGAAUCAAGAAAGCGGUGCGUUUUUCGACGCACCUCAACAAAGUCAAUGUGUGCCAUAUUCCAUUGGAUGUGCGAAAGCGCACCUGGCAUACUCGUGAAGACUACCAAGACAUCAAAAUGGAAGCAAAAAAGUUUAUCUUGCUCGAAUCCGGUCGCUCCGCAGCGAACGGAGUCCCGCCAUCUCCUUUGACCCAAUUGCUGGAACAAGAAAACAACGACUUCACUCCUCGAGGAUUGGAGACGAUCAUGUCGCCGCAAGUUCGAUCCGUCCGGAAAGAAUGGGUCGGCAACACAGUUCGAGGCGUCCUACUUCUCCAGCAGAUUCACAAGAUGAUGGGAGUUCAAAACCCAGAGCAACUGAGAGAAAUCUCCACCAGCGCCUCGCAGUCCUCAGCUUUUUGCGCCCAGAUGCUGGGAGCGUCCGAUGCCGAGGAGUGCUCCUCCUGGGGCACUCAAUGCUAACGGUCUCAACUUGGUAACCUCCAUACCAAGGUCGGGCAACUGAGAGAGACGAGCUGCAUGCCUGUCAACUUGCACAGUGAAGGGAAGCCUUUGAUAAUAAAGAGUGCAUAUUCUAGGUUCAUUAAGAUCUAACUAGUACAUGUAACACUUG